AUGUCUACCGUUGCAUUAGAACCUCUCUUACACCUUUGCACCAGAAAACCUUCAUUUCAUACCCAAACACCAAUCCUCCUGAGACCCUUCUUUCUUCCCACGCGCUCCUCCAAUCUCAAUGAUGCAUCCUUCAUCUUCUGCCAACCUCGGAGGACUCUCUCUCCAGUGCCUGCGGCUUCCCUUACAGACACACCUACCCUUCAAUGCCCUCAGACCACCACCAACACUUUUGCAUUCAACCGAACCCAAAUGGUGACGGGAAAGAUUUUUGUGAGAUUAGAUCGUGGAAAGGAUAUGAAGGAUUGGGAGCUUAUGGUGGGGUGCAGUCUACCCGGAAAAUGGGUUCUUCACUGGGGAGUUACCUUUCUUGGUGAUGCUGGAAGGGAAUGGGAUCAACCUCCUCAUGAUAUGAUACCCCCUGGAUCAGUUCCUGUAAAGGAUUAUGCAGUAGAGACCCCUUUUAAGAAGUCAUCCUUAUAUGCAGAAGGAGAUACGCUUCAUGAAGUCAGGAUUGAUAUAAGAGCCAAAAAUGGAAUUUCAGCAAUUCAUUUUGUUCUCAAGGAUAAGGAAGCUGGAGCUUGGUACAAAAACGAAACAAGAGAUUUCGUGGUUUCUUUGGUGAACUACCUUUACGCGGAUUCGGAUGCUAGUAAAAUUGAACCUAAAAGAGGCUUUGUUUUUUGGCCAGGGAAUUUGUGGCAAAUAUAUAACAUGUUCCCCAAAUCAAAAGCUGGCGAAAAUGAAAGCAGUGAAUACAGAGUUUCAGAGCGAGAAAACAAUCAACCCAAAGGUUUCUAUGAGGAAGUGUAUGUAACAAAGAAGGUUUUAGUUAAUAACUCUAUCAGUGUCUCCACCAAGAAAUGCUUUGAAUCUGGGUCAGUUAAGGACCUUUUAUAUUUUGAAACUGAUCUACCUGGAGAUGUUGUCAUUCACUGGGGAGUUUGUACAGAUGCUUCAAGAAGAUGGGAAAUCCCACCUCCUCCUUAUCCACCAGGCACAGUAGCAUUUAAAGACAAGGCUUUGAGAACUCAAUUACGGGGUAUAGAGCCAAGAGACGGUGGAAAAGUAUAUUCAGCAGAAAUCGCUAUAGAAGAAGGAUUUACAGGAUUUGUUUUUGUUCUUAAGCAAAAUGAAAAUUGGUUCAAGUACUUGGGAAAUGACUUUUAUGUUCCCCUUUCAAUUUCUGGAAGCUUGCCUAGUACUGGCAACAAAGAGGAUCUGAAAGAAGGUCUGCAGAUUGAAGAGCCUAGUCAAGAGAAUUAUUUGUUUGCAUUCACUGAUACAAUAGCCAAUGAAAUAAAAAAUAUAGUCAAAGGCAAUUUCUAUGAGAAGAAUCAAAAGAUAAAAUCUAAAAAGGCGCAACAAAGCAUUUUUGAAGAAAUAGAAAGACUGGCUGCUGAAGCCUAUAAUAUAUUCAGAAUCUCCAUUCCAACUUUCUUUGAGCCAACUACUGCAAAACCUGAAGCAACGAUUGUGGUGGAACCUGAGACAACUAUUAUGGUACCAGAGGCUUCAGUGGAAUCAGAGACAAUUUCCCUGGAUCCAAAAAUAUGCUCAGGGACAGGCACAGGGUAUGAAAUAUUAUGCCAAGGGUUUAACUGGGAAUCUCAUCGAUGUGGAAGAUGGUACAAGGAGCUUAAAGAGAUAGCUUCAGAAUUAGCAUCAAUCGGUUUCACUGUGGUCUGGUUACCGCCACCUACAGAGUCUGUUUCACCUGAAGGAUACAUGCCAAAGGAUUUAUAUAAUUUAAAUUCCAGAUAUGGAAACAUAGAUGAACUCAAAGAUUUGGUGAAAAGUUUUCAUGAAGUUGGGAUCAAAGCUCUAGGAGAUGCCGUUUUAAAUCACCGCUGUGCUCAUUAUCAGAAUCGAAAUGGAGUUUGGAAUGUAUUUGGUGGCUGUCUCGACUGGGAUGAUCGUGCUAUUGUUUCUGAUGAUCCACAUUUUCAGGGUAGGGGCAACAAGAGUAGCGGAGAUAAUUUUCACGCUGCUCCAAACAUUGAUCAUUCACAGGAGUUUGUGAGAAAAGAUCUCAAAGAAUGGUUAUGCUGGUUGAGAUGGUUAUGCUGGAGAGCUAAGUACAGGAUGCCAGUCCCUACUUUGAAAGAAAUUGGAUAUGAUGGAUGGAGGCUAGACUUUGUCAGAGGAUUUUGGGGUGGUUAUGUAAAGGACUACAUAGAGGCAAGUGAACCUUAUUUUUCUGUGGGAGAGUACUGGGAUUCCCUCAGUUAUACAUAUGGUGAAACUGAUCAUAAUCAAGAUGCUCAUAGGCAGAGGAUAGUUGACUGGAUCAAUGCCACUAAUGGUACCUCUGGUGCAUUUGAUGUUACAACAAAAGGGAUUCUUCACACUGCACUGGAAAAAUGUGAAUAUGAGCGAUUGUCAGAUGAGAAGGGAAAGCCUCCAGGUGUAAUUGGGUGGUGGCCUUCUCGUGCUGUUACCUUUAUAGAGAAUCAUGACACUGGCUCCACUCAGGGUCAUUGGAGAUUUCCCAGUGGAAAAGAAAUGCAAGGAUAUGCUUACAUUCUUACUCACCCGGGAACUCCAUCAGUGUUUUAUGACCACAUUUUCUCUCACUACAAGGCUGAAAUUACAAGUCUAAUAUCUCUCAGGAAGAGGAACAAGAUCCACUGCAGGAGUACAGUUCAAAUUAGCAAAGCAGAAAAGGAUGUUUAUGCAGCCAUCAUUGAUGAAAAAGUUGCUAUGAAGAUCGGACCAGGACGUUUUGAACCACCAAGUGGCUCCCAGAAAUGGUCAUUAGCUAUUGAGGGAAAAGACUAUAAGAUUUGGGAAGCAUUAUUACCAUAA